AUGUUCAGAUCAGUUCUACGCACCAAUGCUUCCCUAUCCUUUAAAAGAGCAAUCCCAAUGGCUAGCAGACAGUACCCUACCAAAUUCGUUAUGCCUACUCGUCUUUAUAGUGAAUCAACUACUAAAUUAACUCCUGAAACCAUUCAAAACAGAGUUUCUGACGUUAUUAAAGCAUUCGGCAAUACUAACGCUGGUGCGAAUAUCACAACCGAGACAUCUUUCCACAAAGAUCUUGGUCUAGAUUCUUUAGACACCGUCGAACUUUUAGUAGCUAUAGAAGAGGAAUUUGAUAUCGAAAUACCUGAUAAGGUGGCCGAUGAACUGAAGACUGUCGGUGAAACAGUUAAAUACAUUUCCUCCAACCCUGAAUCCCUUUAA